AUGGGCAAACGCGAGGAGGAAUUAUUCAGAGGACAUGCGACGGAACAGACUCAUUAUCCAGACAUCAACCAAACAAAAACAUGGCGUCAAACAUCCAGACGCGACCCAACCCCAGCGAAAAACUCAGCAAGAAAUAACGAGGAGGCGACAGAAUCUCCACAGGAGCUAAGGAUAGGGGGACUGACCAAGGAAAGCAACACCAUACAAUCCCGAGCGGAUGGCGAAGGUGAACCGAACCCCAAGACCCGGGAAGAGGACGAACGGGCCCAAGAGGGUGAGGUCCGAAGGGAGACAGGACAGAAGGAAGAGUCCGAGAUUGAAGACGAAGACAACCGAACACAAGAAAAGGAAAGCGACCCAGGUGCCGUGAACGGACUCGCCAGGAGAGAGAGGGAGAAUAAGAUAGUCGAUAAGGCUGCUAAAGGAUCCACGGACAGACCGGGUACAGGAGGAAAGGAAGGACCCACCAGCGUGUAA